AUGACUAUCGCCCAUGAUAUUGCGCUAAUGAAAAAGCCAUACUCGUUUGAGCCCCCAUUGGAGGAUCCUCUGCCGAGAUUUCAUCGGCCUAUACCUCUUCUCGACUUUCUUCUUGCCUUAUUUGCAGAAGAGCACCACUCAAUGGUCCUGAAUGCAACUCCGAUACUCAGCCAGGGUGAUGCAGAAACCUUAGAGACUAGAUUCCAGGAUGCCUUUGUUUCUUUCUCGCACUUUGCUCUCGCUGAAAAUUCUGAUGUGUUCAGAGCUGAUGCUCUUCAAGUAGCUCUGUUCCGUGGAGUUGCGCUCCAGGCUAAAGACAGCCAGCCAUCAAUCGACGCUGUGAUCCCAAUACAUAUGGGUUCAACCGAACAAGCCAUCACGAUGGAAGCGGUUUCCGCAAUCAACCUCCAGUUCAAGAACCGGAAACGUUCUCUUGAUUGUCCCGUCAAUCAGGUUCACCAUCAGGAGCGUCGGAAACCCCGCAGCAAAGAAAGUAACAAAACUACGACCCAUCCUGACGAACAUCAUUACUCAUUCGUUACUCGCGGCUGUGGACCUAAAAUUUAUCGAGCAAUUCCAGAAGAAGCGGUGCCCUCGUACCAAACCAUACUUGCUUCUGGUGAUCUGAUGAACGAUUUUCCUCGAGCCGAGCUCGAAUCUUCAUGGGAGGGUGUUCGAGAGCUGAAGCCCACGCUUGAUGCCAAAGAGUUAUUAGCAGGUUGGAAUGCACUCAGGCCGAGUAGUCGUAGUUCCAAGUAA